AUGGGAGACGGGUCUGACUAUCCUAGUCCGCGAAGUGAAGCUCCGCACGGCGUGGCCGCCUCAGUCCUCGCGUCCGCUACCGAAUCUCUUUCAUCGAUUGCCAGAAUGAACGAACAGCCUACUCUCGCUUUCCUGGAGGGUGCGCGUCCGCGUCUCUCAGUCCGACGCGCACGAGAUCCCCCCAAGAACGCCGACAACCAGAUAUAUUGCGACCACCCCGACUGCCAGGCCGCACCCCCGACCUUCCGUCGUCCCUGCGAAUGGAAUAAACAUAUGGAUAAACAUGAUCGACCCUAUAAGUGUUAUGAACCAGGCUGCGAUAAAAUCCAAGGUUUCACCUACUCAGGCGGUCUUCUUCGCCACCAACGUGAGGUCCACAAGAAGAACACCGACGCCAAGAAGCCUCUGAUGUGCCCGUAUGCCGACUGCAACCGCAGCACAGGUAAUGGUUUCACUCGCCAAGAGAACCUGCGAGAACAUCUUCGCCGUCGCCACAUGCACACCGAUGACGGGGGUCCCUCCUCUAUCCUGGUCGACAUGCCCUGGGAUCGCGCCAAUGAGCUGGAAGGCAUGCGCGCCAACUCACUUCCCGCCACUGGCAUGAAGCGGAAGCAUGACUCACCCAACGGAGACCUCGCAGAGACCGAUGAGAACGGCGUUGAUCUGCACAAUGAGGUGAAGCGACUGCGCCGCGAGGUCCAGGAGAAAGAUCGUCGUCUGGAAGAGCUGGAGCGCAUCGUUGCGGGCUUGCAGCAAGCCAUCCCACAACCGCCACCCGAACAUGAUCCUCAGCUCGUUGCUCCCAUGCCACCAGCCCCCCAGACGGUUCCUCAAGUCUAA